AUGGCGCAGGCUCCGGGCGCCGGGCCCCGGCAGUAGCGCUCCCGCCGCUCCGCCCGCCCGGCCCGGCCCCGAACAUGAGCAGCGGAACAGGGAUUUGAGAGAUUAUGGCAUCUGAAGCUCACAAUGUUAAAAACCAGAAAGUUUUGCUUAUUGAAGGUCAUCCCAUUGAUCUCCCCAGAAAAAGAAUCUCUUCUUCCACUAAAAAGAUCAUGAAGGAGGGUAAGAAAUCUCCAAAACAGCUGGCUUCAUACACAAACAGAGUAACGGUUGGAAAAACGGUGGCCAGUCCCCUCUCCCUUUUCAAAGUGGUAUAUUGUAAAAGGAAAGUUCAUUGUUAUACUCCAAAGCCUUGUUACAGAAAGAAACUGUGCCCUAAAUCUAGGGGCCGUGACAUGGCAAAUAAAGAAAAUGAACUGGCUUGUGCAGGGAAUCUGCCAGCAAAACUUCACAACAGUCGGACACACUUGCUGAAUUCUAGCGACUCUGGCUCGUCUCAAACAGAAGGCCCCUCAUCCAAAUACAGUGCAUUUUUUUCCGAGGUUUCUCAGGACCAUGAAACUAUGGCUCAAGUUCUUUUCAGCAGGAAUCUGAGACUGAAUGUAGCUUUAACCUUUUGGAGAAGGAGAAGUAUAAGUGAACUGGUAGCCUACUUAGUGAGGAUACAGGAUCUUGGAGUAGUAGUAGACUGCCUUCCUGUGCUUACAAACAGUUUACAGGAAGAAAAACCAUAUGUUUCAGUUGGCUGCUGUGUAGAUCUUUUGCCCUUAGUGAAAUCUCUGCUUAAAAGCAAAUACGAAGAAUACGUGAUAGUGGGUUUAAACUGGCUUCAGGCUGUCAUUAAAAGAUGGUGGUCAGAACUAUCUGCACAUACAGAAAAGGCAGAAGAUGGAAACAUUCAUAUUUUAAAACAACAGUUAAGUAUUUUGUGGGAACAGGAGAAUCACCUUAUUCUGGUUCCAGGAUAUACUGGUAAUAUAGCUAAGGAUGUAAAUGCUUAUUUAUUGCAGCUACACUGACAUGAUGGGGAAACAGUGUGCUUAUGUGGUGAAACAGUCCCUAAAGUAUCCCUGAAAUAUGUGCUGAAAGCCUUUUGAGAAAUACUGGCAGAAGAGAACUGAACUGUCAAGCUGUUUAAUGAAACCACUAACAAAACUCUAACAAUCUACUUCACAUUGAAGUGGAAAAAUGUCUAGUAGGAGCAACUUUUACUUCAAUGAGGUGAAAGUGCACUAUGAAAACUGUAUGCCUUUGCUGCAUUUGGGAUUUGCUCAGUUCCUAGGUAUUCCUUUAAAUGCUACUGUACCUUACAACAUCAUCCAUAAAAGAAGAUGAACUAUACUGUCAUGAAGACAAGACAGCAGAACCAGUUAUAAGGAACCAACAAAAACAAUCAGCAUUAAGAGCUUUUAAAUGUCUCUUUCACAAGAGAACUCCAAAAUGCACAACUAUCUUCCAAUUACAUAAAAUACAAAAAACUUUGGGCUAUUCAGUUACUUGUAUGUUUUAAUCAAAUUAUUAAAGACAGUUUUUGUUUGCACUAUUGAGAAACUAUACAGCAAAGAUGCCUUAAUUACUAGUGUUUCAAAAAGCCAAUGUAUUAAGAUGCAAAUAGCUAUUAUGUUCAGAUUGUGAUGAAAAACUACAAAAAUCAGGGUUUCACAUUGUGUAGUUAAUGAAACAUUGCACAUAUACCAAGAUUCAUGUAUGAAAAAUAUUAUAAAUACCUGAAGUUAAGCUUGGGUAAACAGUUAUUGCAAAUGUCAGCAGAAUGGUGAACUUAUGUCUAACAAAUGUUUUUAUAUUGUAUGUGGAUUUCUAACACAGUAAUCUUGUUCUGUAUCAUUCAAACUACAUGCAAAUAAGUAAAUAUAUUAAAUAUAUCUAUUGUUUUUUCUUUUCAAGUUAAAAAAAUCAAUUUCUAGAAUAAUCUUUUCCACAGUACUUUUUAUCAUAGAUAUUUAUGUCUCUUGUUUGAAAUGUUUACAGCCAGGUGAGGCCAUGUUAUUCAAAUCACACCCUUUUUAUACUACCUCCUUUAAGAAACUGACAAAGAACUUUUGCAAAAUUGAUCAAGUUCUAACCUGAUCAAUGAUGGCAAAGUCAUACCAACAACAGCAUUGAGGAUACAGCUAUAAGCUUUUACUGUCAUAUUGAUAUGCUGUUCUAUUUUAAUUUAAAAGCUAUAUCUUAAUAGCUCUGAGGGAGUCUUAAUCUUAGGCUUGCUGUUGCCUUUUUUAAUUUUGUGAUUAGAAAGUAUGCUUUUUCAAUUAAAACUUACAAAGUGCCAGCUCUUCACUUAAAAGUGUACAUGCACAGCAUGUAUGACCAAAUAGACUACUUCCUUAAAAACAAGGGUUGUUUUCAUACCUAGCAUUAAGCAUGUGCACUUUUAUUGACGUGCAGGAGAAAAGUCUUUUGAUAGCCACAAGUGGUUUUUGCUUUACGGAUUAAUUAAUUUUAAACUCCUGUAGCGGUCAAUAAGUUCAGGCCUCCUGUUGCUUAGUAUUGUAUUAGUUUAUGUAUCAUUGUUGCUGACUUCUGAAGGCCAGCUAGAAAUCUGAGAACUUGGUGCUUUUAGUUGUUUGACUGUUCUGUAAACCACCAAAGGUUUUGCAUUUCCUAGGGCAGUCAGUUACAAAGAGUUUCUGGGGCAUCCCAAAACUGCAAACUUUGUGGGACAAUUUGGAGACACACAUAGCCAGUCUUUUUGCUUGAAUUGUUUUGCAUCAUUAGAGAUAUUUCAUGCUAAAAGAGUUUUGAGAUAGGACUUUUCAAAUGUUCUUACUAUCAAUUAAAUAUCUAAAGGAACUAUAGUAUGACAACAUUCUUCUAUUACUUUACUGUUCCAUUGAACACUUAAGUGUAAAAGUAACCAAGUCUGGUUUCAUCAUUUAGGUGGCAAUUGCUGAAACUCUUAGAUUACUCCUCAAGGAGAUUACUGUUUAUGGAAACUCAGAUUUU